UUUUUCUUAGUAGGCCUGGCAACAUUCUGAAGAUUUUGUUGUCGGUGUGCGGCAACACUGUUUUUACUUGUCGUGAAUGAAAUUGACUAUACAUUUGGUUAUUGUGUUUCAAAGUAAUUUAAUAUAAAGCAACGUUUCUAUAAAUAUUUAAAAAGUGAAAGCAUUGUAGCUUGGUUAUACGUGCCAUUUUGCGUGGGCAAAUGUGUUGAAUAUACUUUUCCGUGUUAUAGCGAGAAGUAAUUACAAAUCUGCACAAUGUAAGAAAAGUUUAAAGGGAUAGAAAAAUAAAACAAAAAGUAAAGUGACGGCAGCGACGACUAUCAACAGCUCAAGCAAAUCAAAAAGAAUAUUGUGCAAAAUAACGAGCUGCGAGGCCCAGUAUAUCUCAACGAGUAACGAGUUGCCACCGUAGAAUCAAGUGCCAAUGUGUGGUGCGACCUUCUGGCCUCGGGCUAUCUUAAGCCAAAUAUUGAAAUUAAAAAAUUUUGCUUAAAGUAUAAAAUAUAAUUCGUUAAUAAUAACAAAAAUAAUAUUUGAAAGAGUUGGGUGAAUUUGACGCUGUCAGAGGCAGCAUUGUAACAACGCGCCUCUAGGUUUAGUGUAGGAUUGCAGUGUAUUGCAACUACACAAAUAUAUAUUAAAAAGACGAAUUUCGUAAGAAAAAGGAGAAAAGAGAACGUUGUAACAGAUUUUCACUUGGUUGAUGCGGGACAGUAAAUGUAUCAGCGGAAAUGAUUUGUAAAAAGGACGUUAUUCAAUGGUUUAAAGAACUUGAGAGUUAUAAAAGGAUCGACACAAUGUGCACUUUGCUUAACAUGUGUCUACCGUUUGAGUUACGAUUCUUGGGGACAUGCCUUGAAGAGUUGGGCCGGCGCGAUUCACAAGAGUUGCGUGGCAUGGAAUUGAGAGUGAAUAAUCCCCAAGAUUUGGCAUCUGAUAUGGUUGCAUGUCAAAAAGGAGAACCAACUGAUAAGAAAAUAAGGCGAAAAAUGGCGCUUUAUUUAGCAUUAAUACGAGCUUGCAAUCGUACCUGUGUGACGGAGAUAUUUCGAACGUUAGAUGGUUGGGGUGACAGAGACUUUCUAAAUAUGAAUGACUCAGAUACAUUGCAGGAGCUAUUGUUGGUUUAUACCAUGGCGGCAAAUCAUCCAGUUUUUUCAUUUGAUCAACAAUGCAAAUGCACUCAAAUAUUUGAAAAAAUUAAAGAAAAUAAAUUGGUUGCGGAUUUCCAGACACCGCUUCCUCAACAGACGAAUAUUGAUCAAACGCUAGUUCAUACUCAACAUCAGCAGGAUCAACGUCAACAUUUGCCACCGUCCCACCAGGAAAUUCCACAACAUAUAUUGCAUGCAAUGCAUAUUCCUGGACAACCGCAUCCACCGAUCUUAACCUCCCUAAACCUAAUGCCAAUGACAUUUCCACAGGGUCUUCAUAAGAUAAUUCAAGCAGAUGGAACAAUGCAACAUACUGUUCCAGUUGAUCCUCAUAUGAUUCCAUUAAAUGUCAUUCCAACUGAAUCGAAUCCUAUUUUUCAACCAACAUGGCAACGGAUGUAUCCCCAAACGGUGGAGCAUCCACCGCAGUCAGCAUCGCCAUUGCUUAGCCAACAAUCAUCUCCAUCAAGUAGCCGAACCACAAGUCCAAAUCGGAAUACAAGUAGCAAUAUGAUAAUGCCUGGUAUGCAGUUACAAUCGCGAAAUAUGCCACAAAGAAUGAGCGCCUCAUUGAAAAAUGUUAGGCGUCCGUCGGCUGAAACUACCCCACCACCAAUGGCACAACAGCAACAUCAGCAACUUAUACAUGACAUUAAUAUGACAACAAAAAAUAUAGAUGAUGGUGCAUCCAGCAACGAAGGCACCGGAAAUCCUCUACAGACGUUAAUACGCAAUGGAUAUCCACGGCGGCACAAGUCUGGCAGUUAUACGCCACUUAUUCAUCAGCAGCAACAACAACUAUCGGUGAAUCCACAUUUUCAACCGGUUACAAAUUAUACUGCAUUAGCUUUUUCAAUGCAGAACAUGUCAAUAUCGGAUAGCACGGGUAGUGGUUUAGAUACCACACUAGUACCGGGUUCAAUACACUCGAAUAAAAGUGCUGGAAGUGAUACAGGGAGUUCAAAUGGUUCGUGUGGUGAUGCUUCACCGCCUGAGACCCCAACUCUUUCAAGUACCACAAAUGUACCAGGCUUGCGGCCUUGCAGUGAAAAUCAACUACAAAAACAUCAACAGUUGGGAUAUAAUAAACAGACGGGGAAUGCAAGACUUAAUGGUCGGUCAGAUAAAUUGAUUUCAGCGAAUGUUGUAAAUAGCACGUCUGUCAGUGGCAUGUAUACUACACCAAUACUGAAUACACAUCCGGCGCUAACACAACAGUCACAACCAAUAUAUGGUGCUGAAAUUAUUUUGGCAUCUGGGGCCAAUGCUGGUGGCAUUGGUUUGAUGCAAACAUCGCUGGCAAAUAACAAUAACAGCGGCAUUGGCAAUAAUAUUGCAGUUGUGAAUACGACUUCAAAUAUUGGCACAAGUAAUAAUAAUCUAGCAACAAAUCCCGUUCUAAUGAGCUCACCAUCACCGGGUGUCGCUAGUGGUGGUGGUAGCAUUAUACCUAAUAUGACACCAAAUCCGCUUAUCCUGCCCUCACCACAUCAACAGCAAUAUAACGCCACCUAUCCAUAUCAUGCAGCUCCUACUGCCCAACAUCAGCGUUUGAUGAGUCAUACCGGUGGUCCAGCGCCACCAACAAUGCGACUUAUGCCGAACGAACACAUUUAUUCAUAUUAUCCAAUACCCGGUGGUGCUCCGCCCGGGGCGCCGCCAGUUGCACUACGACCCACUAAUGCGUUGCCACCUAAUACGAAUGUGACAUCAGGUGUUACAGGCGUGCUGCAGGUGCAACAACAGCCCACUGGGCAGGCGCUACAAACUAAUCCAACUAUUGUCGCGAGUCCAACGAUAUUGGCUGGCACGCCGUACAGCACACAGGCAGCGCCGAUUGUCAGUAAUAAGCAUUUGUCUUGUUAUAACUGUGGAUCGCAAAGUCAUAGCGGGCCAGAUUGUCAAGAAGCGUCCAUGGAGGAUGUCACCCGCAGCGCCAUAUACAAGUUAGACUAUUCCGGGUCGUCGAGUGCAUCACCAACUGUAUCGACUGGUGCGAAUAGCGUUGCCGUUGGUAGUGCGAGCGCUGGCGGUGUUGCCGGUGCUGGUGGGGCUGGUGCUGGUGCUGGCAGUGGUAGUAGCAGUGGUGUUGCUAUAACAGACUCUUUGCAAAUACAUCAUCCACAACAACAACAACAACAUCAUCAAAAACAACACACCGUGGAAGUGACUGGUUCAACAUUAGUCGGUACACAGACCAGUGCGACCACACUACAUUCGUCCACGCCCGCCGUCAGUGCAGUGAAUACAAAGUGAAGCUAUUAUUGGCAAUAUGUGAGUGCGGUGUUUGAAAACUGAAAACAUAUACAUAAACAGCAUGUCUGUAACUCGUAUGUCUGUAUGUGUUAUUCAAACUUAACUAUUACCAUUCGGAACUGUGUUAGUUAAGAAAUAAAGAAAUUAUGGCGGGCGGGUUGGGAAGACAAACUGAAAAAAUAUAGUGUAAUGAUAGUUGAGGCUUGCCAGCUCUUUGCUGAGCUUGCAGUAUAGAGAUUUAUACAGUUAUGAUUGGCGGAAAUCAAAUUUCACGCUUCUCCUAGCGCAUAAGAAUUAAAAUUAGUGAAACUUUUUAAUAACAAAUGAUUAAUAUAUAUACAUAUUUCAAUGUUGAAUAAGACUUAAUUAAUUAAUUAUCAAGUGUAAUCAAUCGAAAUCGAGUUAUAUAACAAAUGCUAUGUGAGUUUGCUAAUCUUAUUAUACGGAUAUAGGAAUGCGAACAAAUUAUUGUAAAAUACUCGACUGUACGUCCAUGUAAACCUAAACACAUUACUACCAACAAUUCGGACUAUAUGUAUUAUGUAGUACGAGCAAUUAUUAUUAGCAAUUAAUAUAUACAUACAUAUUAUAUACUCUUAAAAUGUUUCUCAACGUAAAUUCGUAAGCAAAUUAAAAAAGAGGUAAUUAAGUCACCUGUAUUCUGUAUUUAUUUAUUUAGUACUAUUAAAUUUCCAUUUAAACUCGUUAGUCAUGUGCUUUGUGAUUACCAAGCCACCAACUCUUAUAGAACAAAUUAUAAAAUUUCCUUUUUUCCGGACAUUCGAUAAAAUUUUUUUACUAAAUUAUAAGAAGUCACACGCAGCAUGUAAUACAUUUUUAUUAAGUAUUUUUUUAAUAAUUACGUGCAUAUUUAUAAGUAGCGUAGUGUGUGUGUAUGCAUUUUUGCAUGUUCGUUAAAUGACUGUGUUUAAAUAUUGCGUUCGCAUUGCUAUAACUGUACAUGAAAGAUGUGAGAGUAUAUAUACAAAUUGCGUGAAUACGCGUAUUAGUAUGUAUACUUUGUGCCAUGCACUGAGAAAGCUUCAUCCACGUAUGAUUGUAUGAAAGUAAAACUCGUUCGUUCGGAUCAAAUAACAAAAAAACAAAAAAAAAAUAACAAAAAAUGGAGAUAAAUCAAAUUAGGAAUUAAUAAUUUGUGUUUUACAGUAGUCACAUUCUUCUAUGUAGUAUAUAUAAAUGUAUAUUUAAGUAAAAAAUAAUUAUUGUUAACUGAAGGAUAUGAAAGAGUUAAUUAGUAAGAUAUGAAAGAAAGUAGAUGGAUAGAUGAGAGAAAUGAGUAACAUUUAUAUUAAAUACGCAUAUAUGAGUAUAUUAAUCCAAUA